CUGACAAGAGCUCAAAGAAAAGGGAAACAAACCAUAAUCUGGGCAAAGGUGAAUGUUGAGGGACUCAAGGAGUUCCAGGCCCAGAAAAAGAAAUUCCAUGGAAUCAUAGUUGGUACUAUUCUGCAAUGUCUCUAGUUGAAAGCCAAAGUGAAGACAGACAAAGUGAAGAACAAGUGAGAUAUCUGCAAGCCAAUAGCAGAGAACUCAACUCUACCUUUGGAUAUCCCAACAAUACCAUCAAGACCUCAAGAUACAGUGUCUUUAACUUCUUGCCCCUGAAUCUGUUUGAACAAUUCCAGAGACUUGCAAAUGCAUAUUUCCUCAUUUUGCUAUUCCUACAGUUGAUUCCCCAGAUCUCCCCCUUGGCCUGGUACACGACUGUGAUACCCCUGAUGGUGGUGCUAUCAAUAACAGCAGUGAAGGAUGCCAUCGAUGAUGUGAAAAGGCAUCAAAAUGACAAUCACGUCAACAACCGUUCUGUUCUGGUGGUGAUGAAUGGCAGGAUAAAGGAAGACAAAUGGAUGAAUAUUCAAGUGGGAGAUAUAAUAAAACUAAAAAAUAAUCAGCCUGUCACGGCUGAUGUGCUAUUACUCUCUAGCAGUGAGCCCUAUGGUCUGACAUAUAUAGAAACAGCAGAACUGGAUGGUGAAACCAACCUGAAAGUGAAGCAGUCCAUCUCAGUUACCAGUAACUUGGAAGAUAACCUGGGGCUGCUGUCUGCUUUUGAUGGAAAAGUGAGGUGUGAGUCUCCCAAUAACAAGUUGGACAAAUUCACAGGAAUACUGACUUUUAAGGGAAAAAACUACACCCUGGACCAUGACAAGCUGCUACUCCGAGGCUGCAUCAUCAGGAAUACAGAUUGGUGCUAUGGCUUGGUGAUUUACACUGGACCAGACACCAAAUUAAUGCAGAACUGUGGAAAGUCUACCUUUAAGCGGACACACAUGGACCAUCUCUUGAAUGUCCUUGUGCUCUGGAUUUUCCUGUUUUUAGGUGGCAUGUGUUUUAUCCUAGCAAUUGGGCAUGGCAUUUGGGAAAACAAGAAAGGCUACUACUUCCAGGAUUUUCUACCAUGGGAAGAAUAUGUGUCUUCAUCAGUUGUCUCUGCCAUCCUCACAUUCUGGUCCUACUUCAUUAUUCUCAACACUAUGGUGCCCAUUUCCCUUUAUGUCAGUGUUGAGAUAAUAAGAUUGGGCAACAGUUGCUAUAUCAACUGGGAUCGGAAGAUGUAUUAUGCACCAAAGAACACACCAGCACAGGCUCGUACCACCACCCUUAAUGAGGAACUUGGCCAGGUCAAAUAUGUGUUCUCCGACAAAACCGGAACCCUGACUCAGAACAUCAUGAUUUUCAAUAAGUGUUCUAUUAAUGGGAUAAUCUAUGGUUGUGGCUAUGACAAGAAUGGACAGAAGGUAGAAGUCUCUGAGGAAACAGAAAAGGUCGACUUCUCCUACAACAAACUGGCUGAUCCUAAGUUUUCAUUUUAUGACAAUACUUUGGUGGAAGCCAUGAAAAAGGGAGAUCACUGGGUGCACUUGUUUUUCCUCUCACUCUCAUUGUGUCACACUGUGAUGUCAGAAGAGAAAGUGGAAGGUAAGCUGGUGUACCAGGCUCAGUCCCCAGAUGAAGGUGCCCUCGUCACUGCUGCCAGGAACUUUGGCUUCGUAUUCCAUUCCCGCACAUCUGAGACGAUCAUGGUAGUUGAAAUGGGUGAGACCAAAGUCUACCAACUGCUGGCUAUUUUGGACUUCAGCAAUGUGCGCAAGAGGAUGUCUGUUAUUGUGAGGACACCUGAAGAUCGAGUAAUGUUAUUCUGCAAGGGUGCAGACACCAUUCUCUGUCAGCUGCUCCAUCCAUCCUGUAGAUCCCUCAGAGAUGUGACCAUGGAACAUUUAGAUGAUUUUGCCUUUGAAGGUCUCCGCACCCUCAUGGUGGCCUACCGAGAAGUGGAUAAUGCCUUCUACCAGGCCUGGAGCAAGAAGCACAGUGAAGCCUGCCUGUCUUUGGAAAAUCGGGAAGAUAAAAUGUCAGAUGUCUAUGGAGAGAUGGAAAAAGACUUGAUGCUGUUAGGGGCCACAGCCAUAGAAGACAAGCUCCAGGAUGGUGUACCUGAGACAAUCACUAUCCUGAACAAAGCCAAAAUUAAGAUAUGGGUCUUAACUGGAGAUAAGCAAGAGACUGCUGUGAACAUUGCCUAUGCCUGUAACAUAUUUGAGGAAGAAAUGGAUGGGAUAUUCAUCGUGGAAGGCAAGAAUGAUGAGACUGUUCGGCAAGAACUCAGGUUGGCAAGGAACAAGAUGAAACCUGAGUCUCUCCUGGAAUCAGAUCCAGUAAACACCUACCUGAACACGAAGCCCCAAAUGCCCUUCAGAAUACCCGAGGAGGUGCCCAAUGGCAACUAUGGCUUGAUCAUCAAUGGCUACAGUCUGGCCUAUGCUCUAGAAGGGAACCUGGAGUUGGAACUGCUGCGAACAGUGUGCAUGUGCAAGGGAGUGAUCUGCUGCCGGAUGACACCCCUUCAGAAGGCCCAGGUGGUAGAGCUGAUGAAGAGGUACAAGAAGGUGGUGACACUGGCCAUCGGGGAUGGGGCCAAUGACGUCAGCAUGAUCAAAGCUGCCCACAUUGGGGUUGGCAUCACUGGCCAGGAGGGAAUGCAGGCCAUGCUCAACAGUGACUACGCCAUCUCCCAGUUCCGCUAUCUUCAGCGUCUACUCUUGGUCCAUGGCCGAUGGUCCUAUAAUCGCAUGUGCAAGUUUCUCAGCUACUUCUUUUACAAAAACUUUGCCUUCACCCUGAUGCACUUCUGGUAUGCCUUCUUCAGCGGGUUCUCUGCACAGACAGUUUAUGAUACCUGGUUUAUCACUUUCUACAACCUGGUCUACACCUCCCUCCCUGUCCUGAGCUUGAGUCUGUUUGACCAGGAUGUGAAUGAAACAUGGAGUCUACGCUUCCCAGAGCUGUAUGGCCCAGGCCAGCACAACCUCUAUUUCAACAAGAAGGAAUUUGUGAAGUGUUUAGUGCGUGGGAUCUAUAGUUCCUUCGUGCUGUUCUUUAUCCCUAUGAGGACCAUUCACAACUCAAUAGACAGUGAUGGGAAAGAGAUCUCUGACUACCAGUCCUUCUCCCUGAUAGUGCAGACUGCUUUGCUCUGCGUGGUCACAGUGCAGAUUGCCCUGGACACAACCUACUGGACGUUGAUAAGCCACAUCUUCACCUGGGGUAGCCUGGGUUUCUACUUUUGCAUCUUAUUCCUCCUGUACAGUGAUGGCUUGUGCCUAAUGUUCCCCAACGUCUUCCAAUUCCUAGGUGUGGCCAGGAACACUCUGAACCUGCCACAAAUGUGGCUGAUUAUUAUCCUCAGCGUGGUCCUCUGUAUUUUGCCUGUGAUUGGGUACCGAUUUCUCAAACCAUUGUUCUGGCCUGCCGACGUGGACAAGAUUAUGAACAGAAUUCAUCUUUGGACAAGACAUCCACUGCUACCCCCUACCCAGACCAAACUGAGACACACAAGGCCUCGACGUUCUGCCUAUGCAUUCUCCCACAAACAGGGCUUUGGGGCCCUCAUCACUUCAGGCAAAACAAUGAAGGACCAGGUAUUCAAGAAAAACAGCUUUCCUUUUAAAAAGUAAAGGCCCUUAGGGAAAUCCCAAAAGAAUCAGUCAUUGCUCUUCCUCCCUUGUAUCCACACAAAUUAAUAGGGAUGGAUUAGAGCCCCAGGGAAACUAGCAUAAACCUGCCAUUCUGCUCUCACUCUAGGGGCUCAGCCUCUUCAUUCCCUAGAAGGUUGUGGCCAGGUAAGGCAAGGAAAGGUAAAGAAAGGACCUCCAGAUAUCUGUCAGAGUUGCAGCGGUUCAAGAAAAAGUGACGUCAGGCUUCCCUUCCACCAACCCUUCCAAGUUUUAAUCCACACAAGCAACUAUGGAAGUGGUGAGUGAAGAGGGGCAAC